AUGAAGGGGGUUCUGUGUGACCAGGAGGCCCAGGCCCGACCUAUAUCCCUCAUUGAUGCUACUUCCGGAGUCCCAAAUAACGUACAGACACUUACCCGCGAAAAAAACCAUAUCAAUGAUUUACACGACAGGAUUCACGCCCUUAAAAACUCCACCUUUGAUGCACGAGCAUCCUAUAUAAGGCCUUUAUUUGACGACCUCAGAAAAUCAGCUCUGACGCAAACUCCAGUCACUUCGAACCCGGUGUCUUAUCGUCCGCCAAAUGGCUGGGACGGCGAUGAAAUUUAUUUGUCCGAGUGCAAAACGACCGUUUCAUUAACGCCGCGCCAGGGCUUCGAGCACAGCCAGCUUACCGAUUUAGCAGAGCACCCAGUAACUACUAUUUACCUGACACUGGAGCCAUGUGACUUUGCAGCCAUUUCAAAUAUCGGGGCUUGGAACGUCACGCGAUUGUAUAUAUCCGUCGAAAGGCUCGAGAAAGGGCUCGGAACUCUCAACAACAUCUUCGCCGGUUUCCCACAUCUUGAGGUAUGUCACUGGCCUGACUGUGGACCUAUAGAGAUUGAAGAGUUCGGAUUGGAAAGGAUUUCGCUUCCGAGCAGUCUCAGAGUUUUGGAACUGAGCAAUACCGACUUCACCCCAACCGACUCUUUUGAACCACACGGGAUCCCCACGAGUCUAUAUCAACGGGUGCCAAUUGAUAAAGAAGCCGUCACUCUAACGCUCAAAAAGUGGGGGAAACAGCUCGAAAUCUGCGUCAUCUGCGUCUACUUAGGUCAAUAUAUCGACGAUACAUAUUGUAAGGGCGACGUCAGUGCAGAUGGCCAUAACGACCCCGACGGUGACGGCGAUGAAAGUUGUGAGGAUGUUCGAGGAUACUCCGCCGAUUAUACCGUUACCUUUUUCUCUGGAGAUGAGUGCCCAAAUUUUCAAGAAGUUCUCUUGCUACAAUGUACAUAA